AUGUCCGUUUGCGUCGAGCAGUCUCUCCCCCCAAACACAAACGACGACGAACACCCCGACGUCACGAACAACGUCCCCCGAGACCGAGACCCCUCCGGUAUCGAUAGGCGACCGUCGCGAGACGACUACAAUGGUAACACUAACGCUACCGAAGAGUUGACCUCGAUCAUGACCGCCUCCAUCAUUACAACAAUUCUCAAUACUGCUUCCAACCCCGUAUCCCCCGGCCCUUCCAGUCCUCCUCUCGAACAGGCCAAGGGCAAUGACUUCGUCCCCCCCACCCGCCCGAGCAGCACUCCCUUUUUACAUCCCGAUCAACGGAUCUCGGAUUGCUGCUGUCCGAUGGCCGACGACGCCGAGGGCUACGGAGGCCCGGGUAUCACAACCCCUCCCUACUCCCUCGAGACGCCAGAGGUCUCGCCCUCCUUAAAUCUCAAUGAUCUGCCCGCCGAGAUCCAUGAGUGCAUCCUCGACCAUCUGUUUGGAUACCGUGUAUCCACGUCGUCCAAGAGCUCUGUGGGUAUGCAGAGCGUGACCAAGAGCUGGGGAACUGCGCUACGACACUCUCGGCGGAGGGAACUGUCGGAACUGGCUCUCGUGAGUCCCGUCUGGAGGAUCCUGAUUCAAGAGCGCCUUUAUCGUCACAUUAAAAUCAAGGCAACGGUAGAGUCGCUCGAUCUGGCUAUGCUGUACUUCAGCCAACACGACCACCUCCGCCGAUAUGUGAAACAUAUUGAGAUUUGGUUCCCCGUUUUCCAGCCCAAGUAUGGGCCGCUGGCGCUGAGCACCACCCUCGCCUUACCGACCGUGACAAUGGACGGCCUGACUAACGCAACUUAUACCCUUCCCGCCAACAACUGCAGCCUCGAAGAGGCAUUCUCCUUUGUCUCCCAGGCCCUGCCCGACGUCUGCGUCUUGACCAUUGAAGGAGGCGAGCGAAAGAAGGCACCGAAAGUACAACAUAGCUGGCAUAGGCGCCCAGCAGGGUGGCACCUGCCUCCCCUUGAAUCGGUUCGCACAUUGGUAACCAAGGGCCAGUGGAAUCUUAUGCGCGAUGACGCCGAUUUCGCUUCCAUUUUGGGAUCACUUCCUAAUCUGACCGAGUGGCACGGUUCCUACAGCAAACCCAAGUCUAAAAGUUACCUGAGCAUGGCCAGCAUUCUCCCCAAGCUGCCAUCAAACCUUACAUAUCUAAACUUGUGUCUCGAGAGCGACUACAGACGAGAAAUGACGUGCCCUCCAUUCUACAUGAAGGUCUCUAACCAAGUUCACUUUUGCACGCGACUGGCCGAUGCGACACCGGCACUGGAGCAUCUGGCAUAUACUGGCCGUGUCUGCAAGGCCUUCUUCAAUAUGGCGUCCAUUCGAUCGGAUCCAAGGACCACACGUCUCAAGACGAUCGACCUGACGGUUAAGAAUUGUUGCCGCCCAGUACCACAGUUCCACGACUCGGGAAGCGGUAUCCAAGACAUGAACUUUAUCCAUGCAUUUGAGAUGCUCGUCUUGGCGGGCAUCAACUCCAUGUCGACCUUGAAAGCGUUGGAUUACCUGCGGAUUCGCUUCGUAGAUUUGGAUUCGCCCGUGCCGCCACUGAACCCAUAUUUUGUUCUCCGUGACGGCUGGUGCUCUGGCGUAUGGAGCGACAACAUCUUGGCCGAAUUGAACCGAGUUCGUCCCAACGCGAAGUUUGAGCAGCUAAGCGAGUCCUUCGGCGAGGUUGGAUUCAAUAAGGACGGGCGCAUGAUCAUUAGUCCUGAUUAUCCCCGUUCCAGAGUCCUUUCCCUGAAGCUUGCCAACUAUACCUUGCUGGCAGGUGGCGUCGCUGCCCUGCCAUGA